AUGAACAUCCUACUAGGAAUUUACAGUCCUUUCUUUCUUCAAGCUUUAUGUUUUCCCAUGGAUAAGUCUUGGGGUCCUAGUGAAUUCUCUUCAAAUAUUCACCCACACCAAGUUGGAAGAUAUUUGAAUAAGAUUGAAUUUAAUCAAGAUAUGCAUGGCCACAAUCAAAGAUCACCAAGUUCUAUAGCAAAUCUUCAUUCAAAUCCAGGCAUCUAUGCUUCUGUCCCAAACUCAGUACAAACCUCUUCAAUCCAUUCAACUGACACAAGAAACAAUAGGGCACCUAGUCUAAGUCUAGACUUAACCCUUGCUCCACCUGGAUCAGUCUUGGGCUGUUCAGGAAAAGAUGUCCAGAAUUUGGAUCUUUCCCUUGCUCAACCUGUAAUUCUGAAACUGGAAAAUUCACAGAAUGUCCAUGGUCCUAAUUUACCAAAGGAAUUAUCAAGUGAUAGGGCCCAAGAUUUAUUUAAGCUUUCAUCUGAAAGGACAAGUACCAAGAUAGGAGAUAACCAAAAGCUCAUCAAUAAUAGAUCAACAUAUUUCUCACCCAAACGUUGCCAUGGGGAUAUGGAAGGAGAAAGCUCCAAUGCAGGUGGAUCAAAUCUUCCAAAGUUUCAAAAGACACAAAUCAAUCAAAUGUCAAAGAAUCUAGAAGCUUCAAUACUGGAUCAUUUUUGGCAGAAGAUAGGUGUGGGGGAACCCAUCACAUCUUCAUCAACAGAGAAUCAUCUCUUAAACCAACUCCAUCACUUUGGAAGAGAACUCUUGCUCAAAGAGGCCACUUUGCAAAACCAAAUUGAAGCCUAUUUCAAGAACAUGGAAGAUUUUUUUCUUCAGAAACUGAAAGCCCUGAAGAUCUUGUUGGAUGAUAAAGUUCAAAUAUGGCAAGAGAUGAACAACAUUAUAAACAUAUACUCAAAAAUCACCUUAGGAUUCUUUGCCUCUCUCAAGAUUGUUUGUCAGAAAGAUGUAGGAGAGCUGAAAGGAUUAUAUGAGGAUGGAUGGAUGUUCCUCUCACAAUUGUUUGAAGAUUGGAAAGAUUCAAGUCUUGAUUAUAUGGUUUCUCUACAAUCAAGUUACAUCAAAGCACUGUCAUCUGACAUUACAGUGUGUACAUAUAGACCAAAAUAUUCAAUGCCAAUGAAAGAGAAUGGGGAUCCCCCUAUCUUAGUGUAUUUCUCACUUUUUAAAAAAGGGUCAGAGGUAAAGAACUUUAGAAGAUACCAGGAAAAAUCCAAUCUUAGUCUCUCGGACUUUGUCAUGGCAAUUGACACAGGACUGGAUGGUCAAAAAGGGGAUACAGAGACUGAAAAAACAAUAUCCACAGUGCCAUUGAAAAAUACUUUGCCUGUACAAAGAGGAAGAAAAGAUGAAGUUGCAAGGACAAUGGAAAUUGGCAAGAUGAUCACAAACAACAGUUUGGGUCGGUACAUAAAUAUAUGGCUUGGAAUACUUGAAAACAAAAUGCAAGCAAGGUUUGACCAGAAAAAUCUUCCUUCUGGAAUCUUCUAUGGUAACAUCAGAUCAGUGAUCAAUAGGAUGAGAUCACAUAUACUUCCUUUCUUUUUUGGAAGUCUCCACAUCUUACAUCCUGAAAGUCCUCCAGAUAGAGGUGUGGAUGGGGUACUCAGUGAUGGGUAUAUAUUUGUAAUGGAAUACUUCAAGGGUUGGGAAGCUCCAGAUCUGGACACUGCUAUUACACUGCCAGCACCAAAGAUAUCUCAGUAUGAAUACAACCCACAGGCUAGUGUCCUACUGAGAUAUCUUUUGAAUCUUCUGCCGGAUGGUUCUGGUAGAAAGUCAGUACAUUUGCUCUGGGGUCUAUGGAAAGCGUGGAUCAAAUGGGACCAAUCAAGCUUCAAGAACAAGAAACAAUUCACAAAUUGCAAAACAUUUUUUGAUACUUUGAGAAAGGUUGCUAGUGAAUGA